AUGCCUCAGGAACCUGAACUAGCAAGUAUCGAGGUGUCGCCCCCGACUCCCGGCGAAAGCUCACAUUUCAUGGAGGCUAUACUCCAAGACACUCCAGAAUACCGCGUUAUAUGUGCUGCAGCCGUGCGACGAAAGGCGGCUUUGCCUGUUGUUAGCGCCGACUUGUUCAGCGGUACAUGCUCUGAACAGUCUGCGGCGCGGAGCGCUCUUGGUCAGGUCGGUGACGCUUCCGAGUGGAGCGAAAUGAUCAUUCAAAGGCCGGAGACAACUGAAAGUGCGCUAUUGAAUGAUCGUUCAUUUGCUGUCGAUGAUCUAGCGGGUUACAUGAAACCUGCCUUUCAGCAUAUAGCAAGCCUGAAUCCUGUCCAGUCCAGCGUUCUUGCUCGGGCGUUACGGAUGCAUGGAAACGUUCUGGUCUGCGCACCAACAGGGUCCGGCAAGACGGAUAUUGCCGUUGCCCUGAUUCUUCGCACCCUAUUCGAGGAAUGCGGUGGCGAGCUGCAAGAGUUCAAAUGUGUUUAUAUUGCUCCAAUGCGGGCGCUCGUGGGGGAGCUUCAGCGUUCGCUGAGCGCUCGCCUGCGAACCUAUGGAAUCUUGGUAACGGAGUGUACCGGGGAGCAGCGUCUGAGUCAUCGCGACUUGUGGCGCUCCCAUAUCCUGGUGACAACUCCUGAAAAAUGGGAUGUUCUCACUAGAAGAGCCAACGAACGUCCUUUGCUACGUUUUCUGAAGAUUGUCAUCAUUGAUGAGAUCCACGUUCUCGAUGAUCCAAAGAGAGGGCCCGUCCUUGAGAGAUGCGUAGCUCGUCUACACCAUGAAACAGCGUUAUUCGGCUAUCGAGUACGGCUUGUUGGCCUGAGCGCAACGCUUCCAAACUACGAUGACGUGGCGGUCUUCAUUCGCGCCAGGCUUCACGAGGGCGUGUUCGUCUUCUCUGAGAGAGAACGUCCAUGCCCCCUGGAGCUGCGCCUGGUGGCACUUCGCCAUCGCGUUGGCCUUCUAAGUAAGACCCGGUUCGAUCAACUUAUGAACCAUGCUUUGUGGUUCCAGGUCAAAAAAUUUGCCGUACAGCAGAUGGAGCAGGUUUUGGUUUUCGUUCACGAGCGAGCAGAUACGCUGAAGACCGCGCACUGGUUGCUUAACGCUGCAGACGGCGAAAACGCUCCCAUCCUACAAAGGCGGGAAACGGAAUGGCUUUCGCCUUCAAUCCGUGAGCAUUUCAAAAACUUUGGUGAGAUUCUCGCCACGGUGAAGAAAGGCAUUGGAGUCCAUCACGCCGGUUUACCGCGAGAAAUCCGCCAUCUCAUGGAGCAAUUGUUUCUGCAGGGCAGCCUCCGUAUUAUGAUAUCUACCGCAACGCUAGCAUGGGGAGUCAAUCUGCCGGCGAACGUGGUCGUCAUCAAAGGCACGCAGUACUACGACAGUGAGGAGGGUCAGACUGUCCAACUCGCCCCGCUGCACGUCCUGCAGAUGCUCGGCAGAGCGGGCCGCUACCCCUUCCACCAGCGUGGUGUAGGCGUGAUCAUCACAACCGAACCGGAAGCGCCGCUGUAUGCUGCUGUCGUAGCGCACAAGGCCCCCAUAGAAUCGCAUCUCAUACCGCAGUUGGCAGAUAGCUUGUUGGCCGAAGUUGCGGGCGGCUCCCUCAGCACCGUCGAAGAGGCAGCAGAGUGGCUCAAAUACACAUUCCUCUUCGUUCGAAUGCUGCGGAAUCCAUCUCUCGAGUGGAUGCCGCAUUUCGCGAGCAAGCGGCCUGCCGAUGGAGAAGAUGUUUCCCUCUGGGGCGUUCGGCUCCGACUUUGCCAUUCGGUGGCGAAAGAGCUCGCCCGGAAUGAGCUGUUGCGCUACGGCGAAAAUCUAGAGAUGACUGUAACAGCUCGCGGUAACGUGGCUUCUGCGUUUAUGCUUCCCUACGACACGCUGCGGACAAUAGAGGCAUACCUUCACCCAACAGGCGCUCUCCCAGAGUUGAUCCAUCUGCUCGCAGUUGCCUCACCUGCACUUCGGAACCUCAGUCUACCACGGGAAAGCGAAAGCCGAGAGUUGCGCAGGUUCUCUUGGCGCCUACUGAUACCGCUUUGGGAUCCUGACAGAGACCUCAAAAUCUCGGCAUUGUUGCAGGCCGCAGUCCUGCCAACGGGCCUAAGCUCUUCGCCCGCAUUAUCGCAGGACUGCUCUUCGAUACUGGAAGAGUCUCAGCGGAUGCUGCGUGCGGUGCAUGCGCUUUCUGCAACCUUGGGAAUGGCUGUACCCAUGCGUUUGAGCUUGCUACUCGCCAAGAAACUUGAGCAUCAACAAACGCGUAUUCUGCAAGGCGCCCUCAGGGGCGGAAGCAGCAACGAUCAGAGCGGUAGCACAAGCUCCGGCAUGCAACCCCGUAAGACGCACAACAGCAAAGGCCAGCCAGAGCAACACAGCGAAACCGAGGCGCUGCGUUGCUUUUCGCCUUCAGUCGGCGACUGGAUGCCUCCCGCGGUGUUAUGCAGCGCUCUGGGGCGUCAGCAGUGUGCCGUUCGUUCCUGGAUAGCCUUCGAGAGCGCGCUUCUACCCGUUUCAGCAGACACGUUGCGUUUCGAAUGUCGCAUCGCGCUGCAGGAUAGCUCCUGUAUCGACAGUACGGAAGCGCUCUGGGUAUCCCUCGAGGAUGCCACUGGUGAAAGAGCCUUUUUCGCUGCUCGCCUGGUCCUCCGUGAAGCGAAAUAUCACCUUGUCGGAUGCUGUUCGGUUCCACCGUGGCAGCGAACCUCAGUCGCUUUCUGGAGAAUUGCCGCCGAAGAGCAUCUGGUUGACGACUUUCUGCAAGCUGAGUGUUUGCGCGACCUCCCGUGGCCAGUUGACGAUAACCGAAUUGCCCCCGAGAUCGGCCGCUUUGUAUUUCACGACUUUAGUCGUCUAGCGGCGGCCUGUGAGACCCUGAUUCCAGGCUAUCUCAAAAUGGUGAUGGACUGCGCUCCGGGACAGCGACCUGGGGUAUUGUUUGCGAUACCGUUCCGGCCCGAACGGAUCCGGUGCCUCGCGGCUUGCCUCACGGUAGCGCGUGAAAAACGCCUCGUGUGCUAUGUGUCUCCACAUCGCUCGCAUCGUGAAGUUUUUCGCCAACUCGUACAAAGCUGCAAGUUGCGCUGUGCGGAGCUAAGCAUUGAUCCGCAGUGGCAUAGAAAACUUUCAUGCGCUGACGACGAUGAGCACGAAGCGCGCUUCCUGAUCGGUGACCCCAAACACUUUGCCUCGCUCGUGCAUAGCAUGCAGUCGGAACAGCUCCGUGUGCAAGCACCACUGUGGCUUCUGGACGACCUCGAGUCUGUAUCAUGGGAUCCAAGCUACGAGUUUUUGCUCAUGAAUCUGGCAAGAGCUGAGCAGGUUCUUUUUUCGGAGCAUUUCCAGAAUGUCGACCAAGUAUUGCGCUGGCUUGGACUGGAUCCGUCUCGAAUGCUCCAGUUUGAGUGGCAACCUCCGGGUGAGGCUUCGCCGCUCAUUACCACUGCGGACGAGGCACUUCUGAACCGGCCUCGGCUGGUGGCGAAGCGCUUCUGGCGUGCAUUUCGUCGGAUAGCGCCUCCUCGAGGACCACAAUUCGUCGCUGUUUGCGCGGUCAUGCGCGAUGCGCUCUUACUUGGGGCAGAGCUAGCGCGACAGAGUCCGUACCGCAGUGAGUGCCCUGCACGUUUGGCAGCGUCGUUAACCGCCGCGGAGCGAGCGCUCCUCGAGCGUGGCAUCUGGUUACCCACGAGGAGUACCAGCUACGAGACAGGUGCACCCCCGGGGCACACCAAUGUCCGCGUCGUAGUCAUCGAGAUCGGAGAAUUACUCCUGCUCCCGAGCGAUGGCAAUGAAUACGCCUUCGCAUUCAUGGUGGGCAACGGCUUUGCGCAGGCAUCGUCGCGCCCACGGGAGAACCUGUUCCGUUGGAGUUGUCGCUACUUUGCCAGGAUAUGCAGAGGUCCGGUUUCGGUCCUAGUGCCACCGCAUCUUGAGGGACUGAUGCAGCUGCCGGCGAAUUGGCCUCCAGUCAUAGACUCUGUCGCUGAUCUAUUCUGGGAGUUAUUUAUUGUUCAUCAGGUAGCACGGGGCACACUGCAGACUGCCGAGCAGGUUGCUGAGCUCAUGAGCCGCACUCUCUACCGCUACCGUUACCUGCAGCAUACGGCUGCGAGGCCGCUGUGCGAAGUGAUAUCGCUGGGCAGCGAGCUCGACAGAAUAGCUCUAAUGACCAGACUCGUCACAGAAAAACUUAUCAGCGAAUGCAACUUGCUCCGAAUUCGCAAUGACGGGCGCUUUGAUUGUCGCGAUGUCGUCGCUCCCCGGCUGGCAUUCUGUUUCGGUAUCGAAGUGCAGACAGCGCGUACGAUUUUAGAUCGGUUUUCAGGUAGGGUGAUAACCAGGAGUGCGCUUUUGGACAUGUUCGCUGAAACACUGGUUAGCGAACUCGGUCCUGGUUGGUUGCCGCGCGACCUCGCAUCGAGCGAUGAAGCUGGACGCCCUCAUUCGCUGUGGCCCAUUCGAGGACCAAAAGCGCGUCCUAAGAAAGUGCAGCCCGUUCUCUUUGUACGCACACUGCUGAUAUGGUUGCUGAGAUCGCCACCGACGUCACAGUUUUGCUGGCGGAGGCUUUUGGAGGAGCUCAGUGGCGCUUGGGAGCGACUACUACCGGCACUGGUGUUUACGGGUCUCGCCCGUCUUUGUUGGAGCGCUUUCCGCCAGUUCCACAAGAUCACUCGAACGCUUUCGUUCGAGCUUAUGGUUAGUGGCUCGCCGUUGCGAUCACGAGAGCAGAGCCACCUCACUAAGCCUGCAGACGAUUUGGAUGAUGCUGUUGGCGAGGAGCCCGAUGGCCGCAUAGCACAGAUUGAGCAUCACAUGGGUGCCGAAUACCGGGAGCGCUGUACGAGUUACCUGCAUCAGAUGGAUCACGAGCAGCAUGAGCAGCAUGAGCAGCAUGAGCAGCAUGAGCGCCAAGCGGAUCUCGGAAACGAGCCGCACCGGAUAGAACGUCGCGCACGUGGACGUCACCUGCAAGCAAAACUGGCGGCAGCGGCGGGGAUGGUGGAUUCUGGCGGGAGCAUUCAAUCCAGAAACGAUGCUUGCUUUCAUCUUCAUCCUCGGCAAGGAGGUUCCCUUCGGGUCCAGCAAGCAAUACAGCAAGGGACAAGACGGAAACGCGUCAUAGACGUUCACUGUAUUGACAUAGCAUUGGGGCAGCGAACCGAGAAACCCGUGGAUGAGCAUAUGUACAGGAAGCGACAUGCUUGGCUCGUCGUCCGUGAUGCCGGCUCCGAUACGGUUGUCUACGCGAACCGCGUUUUCUAUCGAUUUGGACUGCAAAGAUUUUGCUUGAAGAUCCCCGAGGUCGCCGCAUGCAAGCCAACAAAACUCUCCGUUCAUGCUUUCGACGAGUUCAGCACGGACGAGGAAAUGGAGCGCUGCGUGUUGGUAACAUCUGCACAAACGACCGCGGAUCCGAGUAUCUGA